UUUCAAGCAGCUGAUCGCCAGUGUGCACACACCAGAGCUCGCUGGCAAAAAGCAGCGACUAAUAAGAGGAAGAAUCGACUCCAGCAGAAACAAACGGAGUAACGUGCUAAAAAAUCAUGUCCAGUGAAGAUAGUGGCAGCGACAGCAGCAGCUCAUCCAGCGACGAAAGGCAACGGAAAAGAAAGCACAAGAAGCACAACAAGGAUGUGGACAAGUCAAAGAAAAGGAAGUCUAAAAAGCACAAAAAGGAGAAGCAUCGUCACAAGGAUAAGAAACGCAGCAAACGCGAGGAGGAUCAGAUAGUGUCAUAUACUCAAGCACCUCCUAGGCUCAAUAUUCCAGACAUAGUUUCUAAUAGUGAAGAUGCCUUUGGCCCAGUUUUACCUCCUCAUUUAAGGAAGGAUGUGGUCCUUGGGCCCCUUAUAGAGAAACCGGAAUCCACUGCCAUGAUUGGACCAAUCCUUCCCAGCGAUUUUGCCCAGUCAAAUCCUUCAAAAACAGAAUCUGAAUUGAAGGCUAAGGUUUCGGAUGAUGACGACCUGGCAGGCACCUUUGGCCCUCUACCGAACGCCAGUCAAGUAGAGUUGGAGGAGCGAGCUCUGGCCCUUAAGCUGUCUGCUCUGGAGGGUGGUGGAUUAGGUGCCACUACGAAUCAAGAGGUCCGCGAGGAAUGGAUGCUGGAGCUGCCUGAUGUGGGUCUAAAGAGCGGCCUCGCUGCUUUGGGCAACAUGAAACGGACCUUUUACCAGGGAAAAGAGCGACCUGAUUUCAGCGAUCGAUCCUCCUGGACCAAGACACCUCAAAGUGAGGCGGCGGUUGCUGCUGCAGGGCCCAGAGCCUGCAGCUCCAAGGAAAUGGAGCAGAUGGCCCAAGUAAAAUAUGAACAGCAGCGAGAUGAUGAGCAAGAGCGCAUGGCCAAGAAGCAUAAGAAGAAACACAAGCGGGAGGAGUCCCUAGUGGAGCUGCACCAGAAAAAGCUAAGGAAGGAACAGAGGGAGAAGGAAAAGGAACUAGCUGCCUCUGGGUCGAAGCCAGAACGAAGACCCUUCAGCAGAGAUGUGGAUUUAAAGCUGAACAAAAUCGACAAGAAUCAAACCAAGCAGAUUGUAGACAAGGCAAAAAUACUUAACACCAAAUUCUCCCGGGGACAGGCAAAGUAUUUGUGAGGAUAUUGAAUGCAGUUCAGAUAUAUACGAUUUUAAUUUAAAAUAAUAAUUGCAUUAAUGUUUAAAAGAUUUUGUAGCUUAAAGAUAUUUUAAGUCGACAUAAAUACGUAAGAUGAGGACAUGAA